CUCGCCCGGCUUCCCGUCGUCCCGCCCUGCCGGGCCGCAAGGCUUCCUGGGAGUGGUAGUCCCCUGUCAGGCAGCUGCGGCGGCGGCAGCAGCCAGGCGCUCCGGGCCGCGGAACUACAGAGGUGGCGCCCGGGCCCGAGGCUCUUCCGCAUCGCCUAUCGCUCCCCGGCGGCGCGCCGCCCCAGCUAUCAUGGCGGCUCCCUUGGCCCUGGUGCUGGUGGUGGCCGUGACGGUGCGGGCGGCCUUGUUCCGCUCCAGUCUGGCCGAGUUCAUCUCCGAGCGGGUGGAGGUGGUGUCCCCACUGAGCUCUUGGAAGAGAGUGGUUGAAGGCCUCUCACUGUUGGACUUGGGAGUGUCUCCAUAUUCAGGAGCAGUAUUUCAUGAAACUCCAUUAAUAAUAUACCUCUUUCAUUUCCUGAUUGAUUAUGCUGAAUUGGUAUUUAUGAUAACUGAUGCACUCACUGCCAUUGCCCUGUAUUUUGCAAUCCAGGACUUCAAUAAAGUUGUGUUUAAAAAGCAGAAACUCCUCCUUGAACUAGACCAGUAUGCCCCAGACGUGGCCGAACUCAUCCGAACGCCAAUGGAAAUGCGUUACAUCCCUCUGAAAGUGGCCCUGUUCUAUCUCUUAAAUCCCUACACGAUCUUAUCUUGUGUUGCCAAGUCUACCUGUGCUAUCAACAAUACCCUCAUUGCUUUCUUCAUUUUGACCACGAUAAAAGGUAGUGCCUUCCUCAGUGCUAUUUUUCUUGCCUUAGCAACAUACCAGUCUCUGUACCCACUCACCUUGUUUGUCCCAGGACUCCUUUAUCUCCUCCAGCGGCAGUACAUCCCUGUGAAAGUAAAGAGCAAAGCCUUCUGGAUCUUCUCUUGGGAGUAUGCCAUGAUGUACAUGGGAAGCCUAGUGGUAAUCAUUUGCCUCUCCUUCUUCCUUCUCAGCUCCUGGGAUUUCAUCCCUGCAGUCUACGGCUUCAUACUUUCUGUUCCAGAUCUCACUCCAAACAUUGGUCUUUUUUGGUACUUCUUUGCAGAGAUGUUUGAGCACUUCAGCCUCUUCUUCGUGUGUGUGUUUCAGAUCAACGUCUUCUUCUACACCAUCCCCUUAGCCAUUAAGCUGAAGGAGCACCCUAUCUUCUUCAUGUUCAUCCAGAUUGCCAUCAUCUCCAUCUUCAAGUCCUACCCAACAGUGGGGGAUGUGGCCCUCUAUAUGGCCUUCUUCCCCGUGUGGAACCAUCUCUACAGAUUCCUGCGGAACAUUUUUGUCCUCGGCUGCAUCAUUAUCGUCUGCUCCCUGCUCUUCCCUGUCCUGUGGCACCUCUGGAUUUACGCAGGAAGUGCCAACUCCAAUUUCUUUUAUGCCAUCACACUGACCUUCAACGUUGGGCAGAUCCUGCUGAUUUCUGAUUACUUCUAUGCCUUCCUGCGGCGAGAGUACUACCUCACUCAUGGUCUCUACUUGACGGCCAAGGACGGCACAGAGGCCAUGCUUGUGCUCAAGUAGGCCUGGCUGGGCUCAGGGCUGCACGGACUCGGGGUGGACAGGCCAAAAGCUGGGCCAAGCCCUCUAGCCAGAAUUGCCAGCAGGCAAGUUCUCAGGCAGAUGAGGUUCAAGUCCAGGGUCACGAUCUUGGCACCAGAGGAGAGCCAAGGCUGGCAGCAAGGCCUGUGGGGCUUUGCCAGGCGCACCUCCACUUGGACCCACAGUUUUUGGCUCUGCACACAAAGGAGCCCCCUCCCAGACAGGACAGGGGAGGAAGCAGGUGAGCAGGGUUUGUUAGGUUGUUGACUUAAUAAAUUUUUUUUGGUAUGAAGUCUA